GACCAUCCGCCUGGGGAGUCACGUGAGGCCGUCGGAGUCAACAUGGCUGCGCCCGGCCGGCUGUUGGCGCCUCUGCUCCCGCUCCUGGCCUGCCUGGCCUCCUCCUCCUCCUCGGCCUCUCCUCCUUCCGGGCUGUGCGGCGGGGACUGCUGCUCGGGGGAGGCCCGGGAGAGCUCCCCGGUGUGGGCCUUCUGCGCCGGGAGGGCGGGCGCGGCGCUGCGGGGAAGGUGCUGCCUCCUCCUCCGGGACCGGGACCAGGCCCAAGCGGAGCGCCUCCUCGGGCUGGACCUGGGGAACUGCUCGCUCCGUACGCUCUGCUCCAGCUUCAGGGAGGCCAGCACCGCCAUCGUCAUCGAUCUGAGUGACAACCCGUUGGAAUCCCUCCCAGGAGAGGCCUUUCGUGGAUUUUCUCACUUGGAGACCUUGGUCCUUCCUGGGAGGCUGGACUGCCCCGGGGGCAGCGACGGAUGGAACAGCACCUCCUUCCAAGAGGGCAGCCGGGUCUGCCAAGGCCAGAGGAACCCCUGCAAUAGCUCCACCGGAAUGGGUUGGCUCUGCCCCGAGGACUCCCUGUGUGCCCCGGAUGGGCCUGGCCUGCCCCAGUGCCUCUGUGCAAGCCCCUUCCACGGCUACAAGUGCCUGCGCCAGGGCUCCUUUCCGUACUUGCUCUUCUUUGGCUCUCUGGGGGCCGUGACGACCGCCCUCUCCGUCCUGCUCUGGACCACUCAGCGGCGGAAGGCCAAGACCUCCUAGGCCGGAAUGACCCCCAACCAACUCCAAGCAGAUGAGGAUGAUGAUGAGGAUGAUGAAGAAGCAGCAAAGGAGAGGAGGCUUUGUUACGUGGCCCUUGCCUUAAGUCUCCCCAGGCAAUUUGGGGAGGAUUCCUUGGACCUGGACUGGGACAGCCAAGCAGGGGACUUUGCAACAACCACCACAACAACAACAACAACAACAACAACAACAACCAGGAUCCAGACUUAUGGGGCUGGACUUGAUUCCUACCCCAAUUGGGUGAGGUCUGCCUCUUGCAGGACAUUGGCUUUGACUAAUAAUAAAGGGGCUCGUAAUGAACUGGUGCUAUUGGGGUGCAAAUUGGGAUGCUCCCCGUUUGGGCCUGGUCCACCGACUUCCAGAACUGGAGGGACUUCCUGCUGCAGGAUUUGUUCUAUCUAUUUGAAUUUGUGGAGCGAGACCCAAACAGUUUGCAAUAAUGUAAAAGGAAAUGAAGGGCAAGGCAUUCGUUUACAAGAAAUGAGAAGGAAUUACGCAAUUGAUAAUAAUAACAAUAAUAAU